GCGGCAGCAGCGUCGCCUCACCCCUCCUCUGAGCAUCGCCUCCUCUCUGGAGCUUCCCGCUAUCUCUGCCCUCUCCGUAUGCGCGUGUUCGCCUGACCAUCUCUGGCACUCUGCUGCCACUCCGCGUAGCCUGUGCGUGUGUGCUCGUGCGCGUGUGUAUCUGAUCAUUGCAAAGAGAUACAUUUCAAGUGUUGUGUGCAACGCUGGAAUUUAGCUCCUCCGUUGUGUUUUUCGGGUUGUAUCUCCCGCGUGUUUGUUCGGGACGACGUUUCGCUCCACCUAAUGGGGAGCUGCUGGCGUUUAACGCGUGAAGCAACCGGGUGACUUUAAAACAAAAACAUUGAGAAUGUGUUUGUACAGUAUACACGUAUACUGUCGGCGUGCAAAAGGAACGCAAAUGCAGCUGGAGAUGAAUUUUGAAUUGUGAAGGAAAAAAUGGGAACGACUGAACGAAUUAUCCGGGACUUCUGCCAGCGGUGACACUAAUAGUUGCCAGACAUACACGCACGUGCGUCUGUGUAUGAACGGUGCCAUUCAUUCAUGUAGCUAUAGGAUUUAUAUACUAAUAAGGCAAGACUCGCAAUACUUCUCACCUGUUCAGUCGCUGAAGGCGAAGUCUGUAAAACGCGCAGAAAGCGGAGUCUGGGACCCAACGCUGCACUGCCCGGUGACCGAUGCGGCGACGCAGCUUCGCGAGUGGCCGGCUCAGUGGACCAAGGAGCAAGUGGCAAUGCGGCCACGUGGCCCCCAUCACGGCUGCUCAUUUUCAGAAUCGCGCCUUUUGCGGUGGCCGUCCCGCGACCUCGACUCGAUGAAGAAGACAGCGUUCGCCGUUGAUCUAAGGCCCCCCCGCUGCCUGGCGCUGAGAGAAUACAAAUGGGUUUAGGAGCCCUUCGAUGACAAGCGGCUGAAUUCACCCCUCUGAAAGUGGACACCAAAACAGAUUUUGUGUCGGCUCACUCGUUUUGAACGUAAGAAAGGAAGGGGAACACAAUUACUUUGCUGCACACGGCAAGCAUCUGGCAUGUUAGGCGACUCGUGUGGUCAUCUCCAAGCACGCCGAGAUUUCUCUGCAUGCAUCCUUCUCUAAUUGGCUUGAAGGAGAGUGAUAACUGUUGAGCGCUCACGAAUAAACCACACUUGCCGGUGGUCCCUGGAAACCCAUGCACGUGCUGGGCGGAAAUCUGAAGAAAUACAUCAUAGAGAUGCCUUAAAUCUGUGUCAUGGGAACUUCUAAAUGAUUCCAUUGCCCUCCCCCCACCCAAGCAGCACAGAGCCUUAAGAAAAGCCUUCAAUAAAAAUGUCAAGGAACUAAUUGGAUUGUGCGGCACGUCCUUGAGAGUGGCAGAUGAAAACGGAGAAGGGAAAACGCCGCCCAGGUUACUGAGGUGGCUGCGUUUCUGACGUGGCCACGAGAAGACGCGACCCCCGCCGGUGUGGACAGCGGCAGCUGGCAUGGAGCCGAGGGGGCCACGCGGCUAAAGCACCUGGCAAUGGAGAGGAGGAGUAAGGGGACACGGACGGAAUAAGCAAUGCUAUGCGAGGCAUGGACCCGUCUGGAGAAGCCGGCACAUACUCCGACACGUCACUGGGAAGCACACGUUUGAGCUCCUGCAAUGGAACAAAGUGCAGGCGUUCGGAAAUAACAUCCGGCGUUCCACUCCUCUGACCAGCGUCUGUCAGCCACGGAGCCACCGGCUCGCGCGAGAGAGCGCCGCGCUCUCCGCCAUGGUCUUGCCGGCGCCCGACCGCUGCCACGUUUGCCUCUUCACAGCGCUCAUCGUGAGCAGCAUGGCCCUGCUGGACGCGUACCUCGUGGAGCAGAACGCGGGGCCGCGCAAGAUCGGCGUGUGCAUCAUGCUGCUGGUGGGCGAUGUGUGCUUCGUCAUCGUGCUGCGCUACGUCGCCGUGUGGGUGGGCGCCGAGGUGCGAACCCCCAAGCGCGGCUACGCCAUGGUGCUCUGGUUCGUCUACGUCUUCGUGCUCGAGAUCAAGCUCUACUUCGUGUUCCAGAACUACAAGGCGGAGCGCUCGGCGCUGUCGGGCGCCGCCGCAGCCGCCGCCGACGUGACGGCGCGCAAGGUGCUCACGCUGCUGCUGUCGGUGUGCGUGCCGGCGCUCUACGUGUCGCUCGUCGCCGUCGACUACAUGGGCUACCUGCGGGCGUUCUGGCGGAAGGAGGACCUCCGCAGCCGCAUCUUCUGGGUUGUGGUCGACCUGCUCGACGUCCUGGACGUGCAGGCAAACCUGUGGGAGCCCACGCAGCGGACGCUCAUGCCGGCGUGGGCCGAGGGCCUCACCUUCUUCUACUGCUACGUGGUGCUGCUCGUGCUGCCGUGCGUGUCGCUGAGCGAGAUCAGCAUGCAGGGCGAGCACAUCGCCCCGCACCGCAUGCUGCUCUACCCCAUCCUCAGCCUCGUCACCAUCAACGUCGUCACCAUCCUCGUGCGCCUCGUCAACAUCCUCCUGUACAGGGACGCCCGCGUCUCGGCCAUCUUCCUCGGCAAGAACGUGCUGGCCAUCGUCAUGAAGUCGGCCACGUUCGUCGGGUACCACCGGCAGGUGCACAGGAACGCUCCGCCGCAGCAGCAGCAGCCGGCGCCGGCGCCGCCGCCACUGCUGCUGCCCCCGCCGGGCAUCGCGCCCGCCGGGCUGGCCAUCGAGCUGCAGCAGAACUCGAUGCCGCACCACCACAGGCCGCACGGAAUGCCGCGGCAGAGCCUGCCCGAGAUGCACAGCCCCAUCGGGGAGAUCGACACGUGAUCGAAGCGACGCCCAUGGCGGCGGCGCCGGCCGAGGAACGGAGGAGGGCGGCGGUGGCCCUUGAGGCCCUUGCGGCCCUUGCGGCCGUUGCGCCGGCGCUCGGCUCUGCUGGACGUGCGUUGUUUUAGCGACGUGUAGAG